AUGUCUCUGUCAUUUGGUAGUCUGGAGAUAUGGCAAGUCAUCAUACCAUGGACUGUGGCUUACGCUACAGCGGCGAUGGUGGUAUGGGUCAAAUGGCAGCGGGGACUCCUGCAAUUCUUCUUAGUGGCAUACGAGUGCAUAUUCCAUGCUGGAGGGCUUUUCGUGGCAGCGUACGAGAAGCUAUGUGUAGGUUGCGAAGUCUUCCUCAUCCCAUUCCCGCACUUCAAUACUGGAUUAAUGCUCCUUCUUCCUCUAGAGCUCAUUGACGAGUACGCAAGACAACCUGAAAACGUUGUAUCGUAUACACUUUUCGGAGACAAGGUGCUCGACAACAACACGCAGAAGCCCAUCGUCUACCGUGAACUGUUUAAGAAGCUACCCGUCAAGAUGGUUAUGAUGAGCGAGGAGAUGAUGGCUGCCAUGGAGGACGUGCUGAAAUCGCAACUUGACGAGAACAGCGAGAUGAAGAUCAACAUGUGGGCCACAGCCACAAAGUUCUUGUCACGAACUAGUAAUAGGAUCAUUAUUGAAGAGCCGCUAUGCCGCAACCACGAGUACAUGGAUGUGACGGUGCAUUAUGCGGUGAAUAUAUUUUCGCUAGCCGUGUAUAUUCGUUUCAUUCCUGCGUUUCUUCGACCGCAAAUUGCUGACCCUUUGGGUAAGAAGACCACUACGAGAGACGGGUAUAUAGCGGCCAAGAAUGCCAUUCGAGUCAUCAAAGAGCGGAUGCGGAUGCUUGAAGAAUUAGAGAAAAGGGGCUCAAGUCCAAUCUACCGCACAGCCAUCAAAGUAGCCCACAAGGACCCCAACGCCCAACUCGACUACACGCCUCGAGGUCGUGGGGACUCGUUCGUCCGCGAGAGUCUCCGCGCUAACCCCAUCCGCGAGGUUGGCUUCGAGCGCACCAUCAUGAGCAAGGAUGGAAUCACUUUAUUCAAUGGAUUGCACGUUCUCCGGGGUGCGACACUUGCCGUCCCACUCAAGGCCAUCCAACACGAUGCCAAGAACUAUCCCGACGGGUUCAACCCCAAACGGGCGCUGCAGGACCGGACCAGGCCCAAGAUCACCACCAUUUUCCCAGAUUUCUUGAGCUCCGGGCUGGGAAGACCAGCGUGCUCAGGACGGUGGUUCGCGUCGAACCUGCAGAAGGUUGCGUUGGGGCAUUUGAUUAUGGAUUAUAAUUUCGAGAGGGUGGAGGAACGGCCACCGGGCAUGAGAAAAGUCACAUUGGUAGAACCGUGCGGUAGGGCCAGGAUUAUUUUGAGGAAGCGGAAAGUUGGAUGA